CACACUCUCUCUCUGUCUGUCUUUGACGUUGGAAGCUUUAAAUGCUUCACUUUACUCUCUCUGACACUACCCAGAAGACAUAGAAGACUUGGAAUAGAACACACUAGUAUUAUUUAUGCUUUUCUCUCACACACACUCUCUUCACUCUGUUUCUCUCCCUCUUCCAUUAAUAGUUUCUCUCAACUCGAGGCUUUCUUUAUAGCCCUGCGUCCCUUUCGCCGUUUUCCCUGGGAGCAUCAAAUUUUCCUUCUUUUUCAAAUUUCAUUCCAUACCCACAAAAAAAAAAAAAAAAUCAAAUUUUUAAUAUGUUCCUUCCACCCUUUAUCUUCAUUGCUCUAACUUCUAAGUGGGCACACAUUCCUGUUCUGUGAGUGAAAUCUUCUUGAGUAGAGUGAUUCCGAAACUCUGAAUAGGAAAUUAAAAAGGCUAAAAGGGAAUUUGCUGAAGUUGCUUUAAUUUGUUUUUCUCUUUUGUCUAAUCCUUUUAAUUAAUUAAUUUAUUUUUCUUUUCCCCCCCUUUUGUUUCUUUCUAAUCCUCUCUUUUUGUUUAUAUUCACUGAGAUUGGGAUACUUGCAACUUCUGUUUCCAUUGCGUGUCUUUUUCUUGGCUUACUGUGCCUCGUGCUGAGAAGAAAUUUCCCCUUCUGUUUGUGUAGUUUGGUUUGGUGGUGCUUAUGUUGUGCUUUGUGAGGACCUACCAACCCUUUCUACAGUAUAUGCAACCAAAUGAUAUUAGUGUUGUUCUUGUCAAGGGAUAGAAUUUUGUUGAAAUUUGAUUUGAACGCUUCUCUUCAUAACACCAAUCUAAAACAUGAUGCAAUUCAGCUUGUGUGUUUUGUUUCUGAUUCUCCUUGCACCGGUUAUGUUGGUGUUUUCUGUGGACCCUGGUUUCAACGAUGAUGUGUUGGGGUUGAUUGUUUUCAAGGCUGGUUUGGAGGACCCUAAAAGGAAACUCUCUUCAUGGAAUGAAGAUGAUAGCAGUCCUUGCAACUGGGAAGGCGUGAAGUGUGAUCCUGCAUCCAAUAGGGUCACUGCUCUUGUUCUUGAUGGUUUCUCUCUUUCUGGGCAUGUUGAUAGGGGCUUAUUGAGGUUGCAGUCUCUUCAAAUUCUCUCACUUUCACGGAACAACUUCACAGGGCUUAUAAACCCUGAUCUUCCUCGCCUAGGGAGUUUGCAGGUUGUGGACUUGAGUGACAACAACCUCUCUGGGGAGAUCCCAGAAGGGUUCUUCCAACAAUGUGGCUCUCUUAGGUCAGUUUCCUUUGCCAAGAACAACCUCACAGGUAAGAUUCCCGAGUCCUUGAGUUCAUGCUCCAAUUUGGCAACUGUGAACUUCUCCUCUAACCAUCUCCAUGGGGAAUUGCCUAAUGGAGUGUGGUUCUUGAGGGGGCUGCAGUCCCUUGAUCUGUCUGAUAACUCUCUUGAGGGAGAGAUUCCUGAAGGAAUUCAGAAUCUUUAUGAUAUGAGGGAGUUGAGUCUUCAAAGAAACAGGUUUAGUGGAAGGCUUCCUGGGGACAUUGGAGGUUGCAUACUUAUGAAAUCACUUGACUUGAGUGAUAAUUUUCUCUCUGGGGAGCUUCCUCAGUCAAUGCAAAGACUCAAUUCAUGUACAUCACUUAGUUUGCAGGGGAAUUCAUUCACUGGAGUGGUUCCUGACUGGAUUGGUGAAUUGAAGAAUCUGGAGGUGUUGGAUCUUUCUCUCAAUGCGUUCUCUGGUUGGAUUCCAAAGUCAUUGGGAAAUCUGGACUCUUUGCAUAGGUUGAAUUUGUCGAGGAAUCAUUUGGCAGGAAACUUGCCUGAUUCAAUGGUGAACUGCACUAAGCUUGUGGCUCUUGACAUCAGCCACAAUCACUUGACAGGUCAUGUUCCUUCAUGGAUUUUCAGGAUGGGUGUGCAAAGUAUCUCUCUUUCUGGGAAUGUCUUUAGCAAGGGCAAUUAUCCUGCACUUAAGUCCACACCUGCUUCGUAUCAUGGUCUCGAGGUUUUGGAUUUAUCAUCCAAUGCUUUUUCUGGUGAGAUUCCAUCUGGCAUUGGGGGACUUAGUAGCCUGCAAGUCUUGAAUAUUUCCACCAACAAUAUCUCUGGUUCUAUUCCUAUUGGUAUAGGAGAACUUAAGUCUUUGUACAUUAUUGAUCUUAGUGACAACAAGCUUAAUGGAAGCAUUCCUUCUGAAAUAGAAGGGGCGAUUUCACUCAGUGAACUAAGGCUGCAGAAGAACUUUCUAGGUGGGAGAAUUCCAGCCCAAAUUGACAAGUGUUCAUCUCUAACAUUUUUGAUUCUUUCUCACAACAAGCUUACUGGUUCAAUCCCUGCAGCCAUUGCAAACCUCACCAAUCUUCAGUAUGUAGAUUUGUCAUGGAAUGAUUUCUCUGGAAGUUUACCCAAGGAGUUGACAAAUCUUUCUCAUCUUUUCUCAUUUAAUGUAUCCUUCAACCACCUUGAAGGUGAACUACCUGUGGGAGGCUUCUUCAACACCAUCUCCUCUGCAUCAGUCUCUGGUAACCCGAUGUUGUGCGGUUCGGUUGUCAACCAUUCCUGUCCAUCUGUUCAUCCCAAACCAAUUGUCUUAAACCCCAAUUCUUCUGGUUCGAACUCCAGCAUUUCCUCACAGCGCCAUAGUCAUAAGACCAUACUAAGUAUCUCUGCCUUUAUUGCUAUUGGAGCAGCUGCUUUUAUUGUCAUUGGUGUGGUGGCUAUCACUGUCCUUAAUAUCCAUGUGCGUUCCUCAAUGGCACGCACACCUGCUCCAUUUGCAUUUUCUGGUGGCGAGGACUAUAGCGGUUCGCCAGCAAAUGAUCCAAACUAUGGCAAGCUUGUCACAUUUUCUGGUGAUACAGAUUUUUCUGAUGGAGCCCAUAAUCUACUCAAUAAAGAAAGUGAAAUAGGCCGUGGUGGAUUUGGAGUUGUUUAUCGCACUUUCCUUCGCGAUGGGCAUGCUGUUGCAAUCAAGAAGCUCACAUUCCCCAGUUUGAUUAAGUCUCAAGAAGACUUUGAGAAAGAAGUUAAAAAGCUUGGGAAAAUCAGGCAUCCAAAUCUUGUGGCACUUGAAGGUUAUUAUUGGACUUCAUCCAUGCAGCUCCUUAUUUAUGAGUUCCUAUCCAGAGGGAGUUUGCAUAAACUUCUGCAUGAUGAUAACAGCAAAACUGCCUUCUCUUGGCCACAAAGGUUCAAGAUUAUUCUAGGCAUGGCAAAAGGGUUGGCCCAUCUGCACCAAAUGAACACCAUCCACUACAACCUCAAAUCAACCAAUGUUCUGAUUGAUUGUUCUGGUGAGCCAAAGGUAGGAGAUUUUGGCUUGGUGAAACUACUGCCAAUGCUAGACCAUUGUGUUUUGAGCAGCAAAAUUCAAAGUGCACUCGGAUACAUGGCGCCAGAGUUCGCAUGCCGGACGGUUAAGAUAACCGAGAAAUGUGACGUGUAUGGUUUCGGGAUCCUGGUGCUGGAGGUGGUGACGGGAAAAAGACCUGUGGAGUACAUGGAGGAUGAUGUUGUGGUUCUUUGUGACAUGGUGAGGGGUGCAUUGGAGGAAGGGAAGGUGGAGCAAUGUGUUGAUAGGAGGCUCCUUGGUAAUUUUGCUGCAGAGGAAGCAAUUCCUGUGAUAAAAUUGGGGUUGAUUUGUGCAUCACAAGUGCCGUCAAACCGUCCAGAUAUGGCUGAGGUAGUCAACAUAUUAGAGUUAAUCCAAUGCCCUUCAGAAGGACAUGAGGAAUUAGAAUGAGUUUUGUUGCAGUGUUUGAGAAACAGCAUAUAUUGCAGUACCUGGUGAAGUACAAUCCGGUUAUAAAAGCUAUACAUGCAAAGAAUAUUGUUCAGUCAAUAUCUCCCAACUUUUGUUUGUUUUCAAGUUGUUGAAAAAAAUUGAAAUUUACUUAUUUUUUGGUCUCUUACAUUUUGUUCAUCUCAUGUUGUAUUACUGGAUUUUUCUUCACCAGCUAGAUGGCUGAUACAAACAAGGAUAUAUCAUAUGAUAUGACAUAUAUCAAAGUAGUUAUUGCAAUUUUAUUAUGGAUGGUUUCCUCGUGCUAGGACAAGUUGUGCGUUAUUCAUGUUAACCCCACCUAGUAUCGUACACUGCUAAAUGACAUUGAACUUUUUCUGACGUGAAAGGAUGGUUCAUCCAAAAUACAUGGUCCUGAGUUUAGAGGGGCAAACUCUGUAGAGGUAAAAGAGAAUUAUGUUUUGAGACUUGACUAUGGAAGACGAGAUAGACAAA